UGCGGCGUCACAGUCCCGGCAGCAGCAGCAGCAACAACAACCACCGCGAGGACGAGGCGAAGGGCAGCGGCGGCAGCAGGAGCAGCCCCGGGCCGGGCGUCUUGGGCAGCGGGGCGAAGAUGGCGCUUCGGCAGGCGCUGGGAAGGGGCGCGCGGCUUGGCCGGGGCCUGCUGUGGCGCUGGCUCGGGGGAGCGCCUCCCCCUCCUGCUCCGCCGAAGCCGGCCGCCCUUCUCGCCCGCCGCCCGCAGCAGCCGCCGCCGGCCCGCCCGGGCUUCCUGCGCGAGGCCGCGGCCCGGCUGGGCCUGACCGGCGGGCCUCCAUCGCCGGGUCUGCUGUUGUUCCGGCAAAUGGCGCCGCGGGUCCCCCUCGGGCCCCGCCGCCUCGGGCUGGCGUUCGGCCUCGGGCUGGCGCUUCUGGAGCCGGCGCUGGCCGAGCAGAGGCAGGCGAGCGAGGCCUGUAAGGGCAUCCAGACAAUAUUUAUCCACAGGAACAAACCUCAGAAAGAGCCCCUGGGCUUAUUCCGCCAGCAAGGCUUCAAACUGGAAGAAUAUUCCAUUGGACGAUCUAUUGGCAAAGGCUGCAGCGCAGCUGUGUAUGAAGCAACAACCCCUUUUGCCAUGGCUCACAAAGCAAGCUCGGAGCCAAAAGCUGAUGAUUUUGAUCAUUGUGAUGGUUCAGAUGCCCAGACUGGAGGGGGAAAGAUCUGCGAAGUUGGUUGUUGGAGAACUGGCUUCCCGCUGGCAAUCAAGAUGAUGUGGAACAUUUCGGCUGGUUCUUCAAGCGAAGGUAUCCUCAAUUCCAUGUCACAGGAGCUUGUUCCAGCCAGCGGCUCGGCCUUAUCUGGAGAAUUUGGUGCAAUCACUCCUCCCAGGCAACUUGUCUUCGGGAAGAAGAGGCUGAAACCUCAUCCAAAUAUAGUCCAGGUGCUUCGAGCAUUCACAUCACAUGUCCCACUGCUUCCCGGUGCAACGGUGGACUAUCCAGAUGUUCUGCCCUCCACACUGAAUCCCUCUGGAAUAGGGCACAGCCGCACACUCUUCCUAGUGAUGAAAAACUACCCAUGCACGCUGCGCCAGUAUCUCUGCGAGAGGAGCCCAGCUGCCCACCAGGGCACCAUGAUGAUCCUGCAGCUACUGGAAGGGGUGGACCAUCUUGUUCGACACGGAGUGGCUCACAGGGAUUUGAAGUCUGACAACAUCCUUGUUGAGUUUGAUGCCGCUGGGUGUCCAGGGCUGGUCAUCUCAGAUUUUGGCUGCUGUUUGGCCGACAAAACAAUUGGCUUGAAACUCCCUUUUACCAGCUGGUAUGUGGAUCGUGGGGGCAACGGCUGCCUCAUGGCACCAGAGGUGGUCACUGCUACCCCUGGCCCGGGGGUUGUGAUAGACUACAGCAAAGCAGAUACAUGGGCAGUUGGGGCAAUGGCAUAUGAGAUCCUUGGUGCCCAUAACCCCUUCUACAGCAAAGGGGGAGCCGCUCUGGAAAGCAGGAGCUAUCAAGAUGAAGACCUGCCACCCUUGCCAGAAACUGUACCCCUGGAAGUGAGGAAGCUGGUUGGAUUGCUGCUUCGGAGGGAUCCGGCCAAGAGGCUCUCUGCACGCGUUGCAGCCAACGUCCUCCACCUGAGUCUCUGGGGUGGUGAUACUCUCAGCCUGGAGGACCUGAGACCCGCCAAGAUGGUUGGCUGGCUUCUUCACCAAUCACUCGCCACCUUACUGACAGACCGCUUUGGAGAUGGGAGCAAAGUCGAAACAACACUGAAGAGGUGCUUUUUGGCAAACCUGGAGUAUGAAGAUCUCUUUGAGGCAGCUGCCUUGCUCCACUCUUGGAGGAGCAUAGUGUUGUGAUGGGCUCAGAUCUGCUCACAGCCGUUGUUGCCGUUUCCUCUGAUGUUCCACUAAAAGCAUUUAAACUGGCUAAGCUACUGCUUCCUUGCAGGGAAAAAAAUACUGUAGGUAAGAAGCACUUUUGAGGGAUUGGAGUGUUCUCAUUGCAAAGGUAGUCUGCUGAAAAACAAACAAACCCUAAACAAACCUGAUGUGGUCAUUGCAUUUGGCCAGCAAAAAAAGAACAGCUGUAUAUUUUGUUAAUGUAGAGCUGAAGGGAAGCACACACCCUGCCUAAGAGCCACUGGUGGCAUAGAUUUGGGGUUUGAGUAUAUAUGUUGGUGUAUAUUAUACUCUAUUGUAAAUCACCUUGAGAUUGAAAGGUAGGAUGUAAUCUUCUAAAUAAUGGGCGGCUCACCUGUGCCCCCCCCCCCCCGAGGAUGUUGGAGGCUGCAACAUUUGGCCAGUGGUCAGGGGGUGUUGGGAGCUGCAGUCCAGCAACAGCUGGAGGCCCAGAGAUGCUUAAUCCUUGUUAUAGAUAAGUGGGGAUGGGGAGUCUCUGUGAAGGACAAGAAUGUUUUAGGGAAGCAAAGUGAAAGGAGGGCUUUGAAUCAGGAGGAGAAAGCACCUUCCAUUUGGACUGGAGUACUUCCAUAUUUUUUUUUGCUAAUUUGGGUAGGAGCAGUGAAGGGUCAUUUGCAUUUAAGACAUCCAAAAAUUCUGAGUGUGAUUCUUUUCUUUAUAUUAAAAAAGAGAAGCAUCACACUACUUUGAUGAUCCGGCUGGCAACAAAAAAUUCAGUCCUUGCUUUGCCAUCCCAAUCACUUGCCUAUCAAGGAUUCCACAUGUUUGCCUGCAUGGAAUUCCUGAUCAUUCAUAGCGACCAGGCCAAGCAGUUUAAAGGAUGCUUUAGUGGCACAGGACUUCUAUAUAUUUAUAUAUCAAUACUAGAAAGGAAGUUGAUGGAAUCCCAAACCACUCCAUGCAGUUGAUUUCUAGAAAGCAACUAUCACAGUGAUCUGCCAGAUAUACUUUCGGAGACUAUUUUAAGACUUAAAAACUGGGGGGCUGGUUCACAUGACAUCUGCAACUAUAAAACAAUUCCCAUGAAUUGUGCAAACCCCAACUGGAGGGUGCAAGAGUCCCUGGAUUAUUCCCUCUUCAUAUGAUGAACAAGAGGAGAGGUAAAAGGGCUGGGUUGGGGGAGAGAAGUGUCUACCUAAGCUUUGGCAUCACAGUAGGCUAACUGAGCCACCUCUCAUUUGGCAAAAUGAAUAAAUGUUGAUGUUCAACUGAAUGACUUUGGGGUGUUAACAGUUAGCCUGUGUUGAGCAUUCUUAAUUACUUUAGUUGGACUUGGUAGCUGUUGAGGUGUUUGUUGCUAGUUGGGAGAGUGAAUUAGGUUACCUUUUGGUGAAAUAAAGUGUGUGUUUCUUAAACACUAAAA